UAUUAUUAAAAAAGGAGAAAAACCUUGCUGAUUUGGUCUUAAUGGAAAUGAAACAUUUUUAUUUUGCAAAUCUGUUGGAAUUAGAUGAUUUCUGGUCUAAUUUUCCUGGUGGAUUAUUGGCCCACCUAUUGUAUAUCAGCUCUUGAACAUGGAAGCUGGGGGGGCGGGGGGAUGUCUUCCCCUUUUUCAAGCGGAAGUACCAAGCAUUGAAACUGACAUGUACUUUGGCGCUGACAUAUGGCCUUCUCUGCUUUUGCACCAUUUAGUUGCUACAGUUUUCUGAGCUGUUGCUUCCUUGAAUCACUGCUCCAAAGUUACUACCUUGCACUCAGUUGUAAACCAAGUGGGUGUGUGGCUGGGAAAUGAGGAAAAUAUUGUGAUUCUAGCUAAAUCUUUAAUCAAAUUCUUAAAUUCUGCAAAACACCAAACUGUAGUAGUGUAAUCUUGGAUGCCACCUAGUGGCGUAUCAGGGAAACACACUCUGGCCAGAGCUACUAGCAUCUGUAAUUUUGACUUUACUGGGUUUUUACAGCCAGGCAGUUCCAGAUGUUUGGGGACUACAGCCACCCAUCCUUCACAGCCAGGAAGUGCUGACUGGAAGUCCUAGGAGCUAGGGAAAAACCUGGAUUGCCUACCACCGUAUUUUGGGAAUACGGUCUUUGCAAAAUGCAAUUUAUUAACUUUAUGAUGCAUUAAAUUUACUCAACAUCUGUCUUCGAAUUCCGCCUUAUAUUUGCAUGAUAAAUUGCUUGAAUUAAAAUUGCAGAAAAGUAGCUCUUCGGGAGACGCCAAAUAAAUUUCAUAUUAAAUAAGUUACCCCGGAUUUGAGCACAAUCGGUGUUGUAACAUUUUGACAUAUAAUUAGUCCUUGACUUAUGACAGUGAUUGAGCUCAGAACUAUGGUGUAAGUCGUCCUGGUUGUUAAAUGGGUCACCAUGUGGCUGGUCUGAUUUUACAAAGAAAAAAAAAUAUUGAGGAAUUGUUAAGCAAAGACGACGUCCACAAUGGUAAUUUUUGUUGGAAAAUAGAAAUAAAAUUUUCAGCAAAACGUCAUGAAUUGUGGUUGUGAGGUUGGAAGGCUAUAAAAAGCUGUAAGCCGGGUGCCCAAAAUGCAAUCAUUUUGGGGAAGGGGGGGUCAUUUGUGAGGUGGGGGUGCCUGUCGUAACUUUCAAUAAUCACAAAGCAACGGAUCUUAAAUCGAGAUGCCCUUAUAUUUGUAUUUUCGAACACACUUGACCCCAAAAUUUGUUGUUAAAGUAAUUUUGCUCCAUUUUACGACCUUUCUUGCAGCGGUUGCUAAGUGAAUCACUGCUGUUUAUAAGUCAGUAACCUAGUUGUUAAGUGAAUCCAGCUUCCCCAUGGAUGUUGCUUGUCAGGCGGUCGCAAAAGGGGAUCAUGCUACCCUACCACCACCCCGGGGCACUGCGACCGUCAUAAGUACGAGUCAGCUGCCGAGCGUCUGAGUUUGGAUUGCGAGACGGUGGGGUUGUAAGUGUGAAAAAAGGGUCAUAAGUGUGAAAAGGUCAUAAGUCACUUUUUUCAGUGCAUCAUUUUGAAUGGUCACUAAAUGAAAUGUUGUUAAGUGGGGGACUUGCCAAUUUAACAACCGCCGUGAUUCGCUUAUCGAAUGCGGCAAGAAAAGACGUAAAACGGGGCAAAAUUCACUUAAUAAAUUUCUCAACAUAAAUUUUGGGCUGCAUUGUGGUCGUAAGCUGUGUUGCAGACUAAUUCUGCCGACUGCCAGGAGUUUGAUCCUGACCGGCUCAAGGACGACUCAACCUUCCACCCAUUCUGACCGGCGGAUCUUGCUUCCUCGUAGCUCACGACUGCCCUCUGCUGUCAUGGAAUCCACCUGGUUGAUCCACCUCCUCGCCCUCUGCGCCCUCGCCACGGCGGUGCCCUCCGACGACAAGAAGAAAAGCGAGAAGAAACCCGCCGCGAAGGAGAAGAAGCUGAGCGAGAAGGCCGCCACAUUGGCCGACAACAGCGCCAUCCUGGCCUUCAACCUCUACCAGGUGAUGGCCAAGGACAAGGCCUUGGAGAACAUCUUGGUGUCCCCCGUGGUGGUGGCAUCUUCGCUGGGCUUGGUGUCCCUCGGGGGCAAGGACACCACCGCCUCCCAAGCCAAGGCCCUACUUAGCGCCAGCAAGCUCAACGACGACGACAUCCACAGCGGACUCUCCGAAUUCCUGACGGACGUCAGCAACGCCACGGCCCGGAACGUCACUUGGAAACUGGGGAGCCGCCUCUACGGGCCCAGCUCCAUCAGCUUCGCGGAGGACUUUGUGCAGAAUAGCAAGAAGCACUACAACUACGAGCAUUCGAAGAUCAACUUCCGGGAUAAGCGUAGCGCCCUCAAGUCCAUCAACGAAUGGGCAGCCCAGACCACGGAUGGCAAGCUGCCCGAAGUCACCAAAGACGUCCAGAAGACGGAUGGGGCCUUGAUCGUCAACGCCAUGUUCUUCAAAC